AUGGCGGAUGAGAUCUAUUUGAGUGACAAAAUCAUCCGUCUUUGGAUGGCAGAUGGACUCCUUGAGCAUCCAAAGCAAAAUCAAGAGUGGGAAGAUUUGCCUAGCAGCGUGCUAAGGUUGAUUGAGCUUAGACAUCUAGUAAUAACCGUCGACGCUAACCAUUUGAAAGAAAUACGAGCAGGAUAUUGGACUUCUCUUCAAUACUUGAAAUUGCAUUAUUGUUUGGAAUUAGAAUGUUUACCUGAAGGAAUGCAGUAUCUGAAGUCACUUCGGACACGAACACUUGUCGUAAAAAUAGAAGUAGAAGAGGAAGAAGACAAAGACCUUCAGUUGAGCCUUAAAACUCUCUUACUCGUUGACUUACAUUCUGUAACAGAUUUGCCACGAUUGCUUCUUCAAGGAUCUUCUUCCACUUUGCAGCAAUUACGAAUUAUGCGGUGUCCAAACUUGUCCGUUCUACCAGCAUGGCUACUGAAUCUCACUUCUCUUCAUAGACUUGGUAUUAUGGAUUGCAGAAAUUUGUCAGCUCUACCAGAGGGAAUAGACCGCCUCACCAACCUUAGAGAUUUGAGAAUUUAUAGUUGUCCGCAGUUGAGCAAAAGAUACAGACAAAAUGGGGUGAAGAUUGGCACAAAAUUGCUCACAUUCAAGAGCUUGUUAUUGAGGAUUAAGAUUGAGGAAUGUGAAGAUGGAAGAAUGAAGCAAUGGUUGAGGCAGGACACGGAAGACUUUUGCAUUUAG